ACCUAUGGCAUCUUCAACUCUCUCUCUGCUCUCCUCCCUACAUGUAGUAUAAGUACCCACAAAGCAAUAGCCUUUCAUCAGCUCUCUCUCUCUCUCUUCCUCUCCCUCUCUCUCUAAAAGGUGGGAGACACAAGAAUUUCAAAUCCCCAAACAAAUCCUUCCCUUUUCCCCUCUCUGUUUCUGAAAAGAGAAUUCAGCUUCAUUUUCCCUUGUGAUUCAAGAAGAACCGAUUUAAUUUCUGUGAAUUCAUAAGAAGAAGAAGAAGAAGAUGGAAGGAUUAGAUAAAGCACGAGGGUCGGAAAGGCGGUCAGGGCAGAGCUUCAGCAGAAGCAUAAGCAGGACUAUGAGCAAGCAUAGCUGGAGCAUGGAAGAUGUAUUCUCCGGCGGCAGGCAAUCUCGCCGCAACAGUCACGUCGACGAAGAUGAAGAAGCUCUGAAAUGGGCUGCCAUAGAGAAACUGCCUACAUAUGAUCGUUUAAGAACAAGCAUCAUAAAUUCUUACAUAGAGACUGAGCCUCUCGCCAACAAAGCGCACAAGGAAGUGGAUGUUCGAAAGCUUGAUGUUGAUGAAAGGCAACAAUUCAUCGACAGGAUUUUAAAGGUUGCAGAGGAAGAUAAUGAGAAGUUCUUGAAGAAGUUUAGAAACAGAAUUGACAAGGUUGGAAUUCGACUUCCUACGGUUGAAGUUAGGUUUGAGCAUUUAACAAUCGAGGCCGAUUGUCAAGUUGGGUCAAGAGCUCUUCCCACUCUGCCAAACACAGCCCUAAAUAUUAUGGAAUCGGCCAUUGGUUUGCUUGGGAUUGGAAUGGCUAAGAGGACAAAAUUAACAAUUCUCAAGGAUGUAUCAGGAAUUAUUAAACCAUCCAGAAUGGCCCUUUUGUUAGGACCCCCAUCCUCUGGGAAAACGACCCUUUUGCUAGCAUUGGCUGGAAAGUUGGACCCAAGCCUGAAGGUUAAAGGAGAAAUCACUUACAAUGGGUGUAGGCUGAAUGAAUUUGUACCUAAGAAGACAUCAGCAUACAUUAGCCAAAAUGAUGUCCAUAUCGGAGAAAUGACUGUGAAAGAAACCUUUGAUUUCUCUGCCAGGUGCCAAGGGGUUGGGACUCGAUAUGAUCUCCUAAGUGAACUUGCAAGAAGGGAAAAGGAAGCUGGCAUAUUCCCAGAGGCAGAGGUUGAUCUUUUCAUGAAGGCAAUCGCAAUGGAAGGAGUUGAGAGCAGUCUCAUUACCGACUACACUCUCAAAAUAUUAGGGCUUGAUAUAUGCAAGGACACCAUUGUUGGAGAUGCUAUGCAUCGAGGGAUAUCGGGUGGACAGAGAAAACGAGUCACAACAGGAGAGAUGAUUGUGGGGCCGACAAACACACUGUUCAUGGAUGAGAUAUCAACCGGUCUUGAUAGCUCCACCACAUUCCAAAUCGUGAAAUGUUUGCAGCAGAUUGUACAUCUAACGGAGGCCACUGUUUUUAUGUCCCUACUCCAGCCCGCUCCUGAGACGUUUGAUCUCUUUGAUGACAUCAUCCUGCUAUCAGAGGGCCAGAUUGUGUACCAGGGCCCAAGAGAGCAUACGACCGAGUUCUUUGAAAGCUGUGGGUUCAAGUGCCCUGAGAGAAAGGGAACCGCUGAUUUCUUGCAGGAGGUUACAUCAAGGAAGGACCAAGAACAAUAUUGGGCAGAUAGAACAAGACCAUACCGGUUCAUACCCGUAUCCGAAUUCGCAACCCGGUUCAAGCAGUUCCACGUGGGCGCACGCCUUCAAAACGAGCUGUCAGUCCACUUCGACAAGUCCCAAGCGCACGGAGCAGCCUUGGCGUACAAGAAAUACUCAAUCCCAAAAAUGGAGCUUCUAAAGGCAAGCUUCGACAGAGAAUGGCUUCUGAUAAAGAGGAACUCUUUUGUAUACGUGUUCAAGACGGUCCAGCUUCUUGUCAUGGCAUUCAUAGUUUCAACACUGUUUUUAAGGACCGAAAUGAAGAGGACGACUGAGGAAGACGGUUCAAUAUAUGUCGGUGCACUUCUUUUUGGUUUGAUCAACAACAUGUUCAAUGGCUUCGCCGAGCUGGCACUCACCAUUCAAAGGCUUCCUGUGUUUUACAAGCACAGGGAUCUCCUCUUCCACCCAGCUUGGAUUUACACUCUGCCCACCGUUCUGCUCAGGAUCCCAAUCUCUGUUAUGGAGACCACUGUUUGGAUGGUGGUCACAUACUACACCAUCGGAUUUGCACCUCAAGCUUCCAUCUUUUUCAAGCAAAUGUUGGUGAUAUUUCUGAUCCAACAAAUGGCUGCCGGGCUCUUUAGGCUCAUUGCCGGAGUGUGCAGGACCAUGGUUAUCUCCAACACCGGUGGAACUCUGUCUCUCCUCCUUGUUUUGCUACUUGGAGGUUUCAUGAUUCCUAGAACUCAAAUUCCUGUUUGGUGGAGGUGGGCCUACUGGAUUUCACCUUUGACGUACGGUUUCAAUGCCAUUUCUGUAAAUGAAAUGCUUGCUCCCAGGUGGAACAAACCGUAUUCAGAUAAUACAACCUUGGGUGUGGCAGUGCUUAAUAGCUUUGAUGUUUUCCCUGAAAAAAAAUGGUUCUGGAUUGGCACAGGAGCACUUCUUGGCUUCUCGAUUCUCUUCAACAUCCUGUUCACCUUUGCGCUUAUGUACCUUAGCCCAAUGGGAGCGCCACAAGCAGUAAUAUCUGAAGAAGCUGCAGACGAGAUGGAAGCUGGCCAAGAAGAAUCAAAGGAAGAACCGCGACUCAGAAGGCCCAUGUCGAAGAGAGAUUCUGUUCCUCAAUCACUCACUGCUUUUGAUGGAAACAAUACAAGAGAAAUGGCCAUCAGGCGAAUGUCCGGCCGAUCUAAUAGCAAUGGAAUAACUACAAAUGCUGAUCCAGCUCUGGAGGCAGCCAACGAUGUUGCCCCUAAUAGAGGAAUGGUUCUUCCAUUUACUCCUCUGGCAAUGUCCUUUGACAGUGUAAAUUACUAUGUGGACAUGCCCGCCGAAAUGAAAGAACAAGGAGUAGGAGAGGACAGACUACAAUUACUUCGGGAAGUGACAGGAGCAUUUAGGCCUGGGGUCUUGACAGCACUAAUGGGAGUCAGUGGAGCUGGAAAGACAACAUUGAUGGAUGUUUUGGCAGGAAGAAAGACAGGUGGUUACGUUGAAGGAGAUAUUAGAAUCUCCGGAUUCCCUAAGAAACAAGAAACCUUUGCAAGAAUUUCUGGUUAUUGUGAACAAACUGAUAUCCACUCACCCCAAGUCACCAUUAGAGAAUCAUUAAUUUACUCAGCUUUCCUUCGACUUCCUAAAGAAGUCAGCAAUGAGGAAAAAAUGAUAUUUGUUGAUGAAGUGAUGGAACUGGUAGAGCUUGUCAAUCUCAAGGAUGCAAUAGUGGGGCUUCCUGGGAUUACAGGGUUGUCAACAGAACAGAGAAAGAGGUUGACUAUUGCAGUUGAGCUUGUUGCUAAUCCCUCCAUCAUUUUCAUGGAUGAACCAACUUCAGGGCUUGAUGCAAGGGCUGCAGCCAUUGUGAUGAGAACUGUGAGGAACACGGUUGACACUGGAAGAACAGUUGUGUGUACCAUUCAUCAGCCUAGCAUUGACAUCUUCGAAGCAUUUGAUGAGCUACUACUGAUGAAGAGAGGAGGACAAGUGAUCUACUUUGGACCAUUGGGUCGAAAUUCUCAGAAAAUCAUUGAAUAUUUUGAGGCAAUUCGUGGAGUCACCAAAAUUAAAGAAAAGUACAACCCGGCAACAUGGAUGCUUGAAGUGAGCUCAAUGGCAGCUGAAGUCAGGCUUGGAAUGGACUUUGCUGAAAACUACAAAUCAUCUUCUUUGCAUCAGAGAAACAAAGCCUUGGUGAGAGAGUUGAGCACACCACCACCCGGAGCAAAAGACCUUUAUUUUACCACUCAGUAUUCUCAGUCCCCAUGGGGUCAGUUCAAAUCUUGCUUAUGGAAGCAAUGGUGGACUUACUGGAGAAGCCCGGAUUAUAACCUUGUUAGAAUCUUUUUCACCAUCGUUGCAGCCCUUAUGAUGGGGACAAUUUUCUGGAGAGUUGGAAGCAAAAGGAAAGACUCGGGUGAUAUAAGCAUGGUCAUCGGAGCUAUGUAUGGUUCUGUACUGUUUAUCGGAAUUAAUAACUGCGCAACCGUACAGCCGAUAGUAGCCAUUGAAAGAACAGUUUUUUAUCGAGAAAGAGCCGCCGGGAUGUACUCUGCAUUGCCUUAUGCCCUUGCACAGGUGAUUGUGGAAAUUCCAUACGUGUUUGUUCAAACUAUAUUGUAUACACUUCCUGUGUAUGCCAUGGUGUGCUUUGAAUGGACAGUUACCAAAUUCUUCUUGUUCUUUUUUAUCUCCUUGUUCUCCUUCCUCUACUUCACAUACUUCGGCAUGAUGACUGUAUCCCUCACACCAAACCACCAAGUAGCAGCUAUUUUUGCAGCAGCUUUCUAUUCCCUUUUCAAUCUUUUCUCAGGCUUCUUUAUCACAAGACCUAGAAUUCCAAAGUGGUGGGUUUGGUAUUACUGGAUUUGUCCAGUAGCAUGGACAGUUUAUGGAUUGAUUAUUUCACAAUAUGGUGAUGUCGAGUCAACCAUCAAUGUGCCUGGUCGUGAGGGUCCCCCUCCUUCUAUUAAACUAUAUAUACAAGACCGUUAUGGGUACGAAUCUGAUUUCAUGGGGCCAAUUGCUGGAGUUUUGGUUGGCUUCACAUUCUUCUUCGCGUUCAUGUUUGCCUUCUGCAUCAGGACUCUCAACUUCCAAAUGAGAUAGAAGAGAUUUAUCAAAGAAAUUGGUCUUGUUAUACCCUAUUAUAUUCAUCCCAAACUGAUAUUCUUGUAUAUAGAAAACAGAAGUUGAGCCAUUACGAUUGCAUACUGGCAAUUUUAUACGGCUUGUUUUUUUUU